ACCUUUCCACCUUUUGAGAAAAACUUCCAGUAAACUUAUUCAAGUAUACCUUGAUGGCUUAUCCAAAGCAGAACGCAAAGACCUUGUUAUUGCUGGAAUCAAUAUAUCCGUUAUGCCUUCGAAAACACUAUUCGACUAUAUGAGUUUCCUUAAAGAUUUAAAUUUUGAAUUAAUUUAUCAUUCCUCACAGAGUUGGUUGGAGUCAAAAUCGAAUGAAAAUUAUGAAAAUGAUCAUCUUAUGCUUAAUAAUGAUAUUGAUAUGGUAGAACAGCAAACUUUUGAACUUGCAAAAGGACUUUGUAAAGCAUUUCUUUCGCGUUGUGAGAGGUUAAAAAGCUUAGAUUUAUCAAGAACAAUGUAUCCAACAAUCCCAAAUGAUUAUCUUUCGAUAAUUAAAUUACCAUCUGCCGAAAAGGCUCUUUCGCAAUUAGAAGAAUUUAAGUUUACUGCUCGCAAUCUAGACAGAGAUAUUCUUCCAGAUAUUUUAAAUUGUUGUAAUAGUAUACGAUCUAUAGAUAUGUUUUCAAUUCCUUUUUCAACAGAUUCUUUAAUGGAGGAUGAUACUGAUCAAAGAAUAGAUUCUUUGCGCAGAUUUCUAUCUUCACAACGAAAAGUUAGACGACUAUCACUUCAUGUAGAAUUUCGAAAUCCAACGAGUAAUAAUAAAAUAGCUUCAAUAAUUCCAUCAAUUGGACAAAUUGAUUCUUUAAAUUGGAUCAAGUUUUAUAGCAUUGAUUUUAAAUUUGUUACCGCUGGUGAUAUUGUGGAAGCUUUAUCAAAUGUAAAAACACUUCUCUUUGAAG